UGGACACUUUAGUGGUGGAGGCUAUGGUAUGUUGGCACGGAAAUUUGGUACUGCUGCUGAUAACAUCAUUGAUGCAAAAUUAAUCGAUGCUAAUGGACAAAUCAAGGAUCGAGAAUCAAUGGGUGAGGAUCACUUUUGGGCUAUUAGAGGAGGUGGAGGGACUAGUUUUGGUCUCAUUAUCUCAUGGAAAGUGAAAUUACAUGAUAUUCCAAAAAAGGUAACUGUAUUCAACGUGACACGAACGUUGGAACAAAAUGCAACUCAACUAGUCUACAAAUGGCAGCAUAUCGCAGACAAAGUUGAUGACAAUCUCCUCCUUAGGCUCUUCCUGAGGAGCAAUAUUUCUUCUCCAUUCAAGCGUGGACAAAGGAGUAUCCAUGCCAUAUUCUUUACAAUGUUUGUUGGAGGAGUAGAUGAACUCCUCCACGAAAUGAAAAAGAGCUUCCCGGAACUAGGAUUAAUGAAAGAAGAUUGCAUUGAGAUGAGUUGGAUUGAAUCUAUAAUCUUCUUCUAUAUCGGUUUCCCUAAGGGCACAUCACCUGAUGUGUUACUAAAUUGGAAUACCACAACUAAAAAACAGUUGUAUUUUAAAGGGAAAUCAGACUAUGUCCAACACCCAAUUUCUAUAAAGGGUCUUGAAGGUAUAUGGAAACUAUACAACAAAUUGGGCGAAAAUGCAGGCGUUGAAUUACAGUUUAGUCCCUAUGGAGGAAAGUUGAGUGAGAUAUCAGAAUCUGAAACACCUUUCCCUCAUAGAGCUGGAAAUAUAUACAUGAUCGAGUAUGCGGCUUUUUGGAUGAAAAUGGAAAAUUCUAAGAGAAGCUUAGAUUGGAGUCGAAAACUUUAUAGAUACAUGGCUAAGUAUGUGUCAAAAUCUCCUAGAGCAGCUUAUUUCAACUAUAGAGAUCUUGAUAUAGGAGUGAACAAUAUUAAUGGAAACACAAGCUAUGAACAAGCAAGAAUUUGGGGAGUGAAAUAUUUCAAGAACAACUUUGAUAGAUUGGUGAAAAUCAAGACAAAAAUUGAUCCAACAAAUAUCUUUAGGAAUGAACAAAGUAUUCCUCCUCUAUUAUCUUAA